UAUAAUUGGCAUCGUGAAUUCCGUCAGAACAGAUAAGUUUCGGAGAGGGUGGGAUAUGAUAGCUCGUAUGAUAAAUUAACGUACACAUCAAAUAUAGGCCUACCUAUCGACGGAACGAGAAUGUCUCUACAUUUUCAAACUCGAAGCAGGUUUCUUGAGCUCCAUCUUUCAACCAGACUUUAUGACUGGGAUAUGGAGGAAGAAAUCAAGCUGACCACAACAACUGACCAGUUUUUUCAAGCAGACGAUAAACGGAAUGAUCAGUAUCUGGUUCAGUGGCAUUAUGCAAGAAUAUCAAGAAGAAAGGAGGACCUUUCUUAUCAAAAUCGCGAAAAGACGGAAUCUCCAGUAGAGCCAAAUCUAUGGUUGAUGGUCAACCCCAACCUAGCCUGCCCAAUAAAGUAUCCAAAAAAAGUAACAAAGAUAUUGAGUCCGAAAACACCACUGGAACACCCGGCCCCUGUACAGCCCACGGUCAACCAUGUCAAACGCAUGUCUGCCCAAAAUGUGUUCCCAGCUUCACAUAUUGAGGGCACCUGCUUGGAAGAAUCUCUACAUGAUGCCUCCUCAUCCAGCGAGUACAUGCUUACAGAUGAGGAUGACACCUCUUCAGUAGAUCUCCCCAUUUGUCGGAAACUCAAAACUGCUCGCAAGGCAAAGGCUUCUAAGCGCGAACCACGGAAGCUGAGUCUGGCUCACAGCAAGCGCCUCCAGCAGGUCCUUCAGGAUAAUAACAACAUGAAGAAUGGAGCCUGGCCACGCCCCCCUGUCAACUACUGCAUUUUAAUCGCCAUGGCGCUUAGCAGCAGCCGUACUGGCAGCCUCAAUGUCCAGCAGAUCUAUAACUUCACAAGAGAGCACUUCCCAUUCUUCCAGACUGCCCCCGAUGGCUGGAAGAACACUAUCCGUCACAACCUGUGUUUCAGCAACAGCUUUCGCAAGACCGCCCAGCAGGUGUGCAGUGAGGGGAAGAGGAAGUCCUGUCUGUGGCACCUUACUCCAGAUGGGCGCCGGAGGCUGAGAGAUGAGAUUCACACCUUAACGGGAGACUCAUACAAAGUGUUGAAGAGGAGCAUGAAUAACCCUGAGAUGAUUCAAACAUUGUUUGAGCUAUGAGCUAUGCCAGAUGUAUCCCCAAAAUGAAGUAGGAAGACACACUGGCUGCAAUGCAAGGGGUGUUAAUGGAUAAGUGAACAGGAGUGUUUCAAUUCUAUUUUUUUUCUCAAUGAUUUUCUUUUCUUUCGGCAGGCCUUUGGGCUUUAUAUGUUUUUCAGCCACAUUU